CUUUACGAUUUUGACUCGGCGGAGCCACCGGAGAGAGAAAGAAAUCCUGCGCUCUCCUCCUUACAAUAUUGACAGAAACUUCCGUAAUAAAUAAAUAAAAAUCCAAAAUCCUCAAUUUCAUGUGCAUUUGAGUUUCAUUUCGCAGCCUCAGCUCCGUCCCUCUUCUUCUUUUUUUUUUUUUUCGAUUAUUUUUUUUUUAUUCUGUCAUUUUUGCAAUAAUAUUUGAUAAAAUAAAACCAAACAAAAAACACGAUUUUAUUUCAAAAAAUUGUCAUUUGGCAGAGAAGAGAACGCACACACAGAGAGAGAGAGAGGGGAUGAUAGAGAGAUCCACAAAAACGAUUCGUUUUGGGAACAAAACCGGUGCCACAGAUCGUUAGUCGUGGAAUCUUUUACGAGUAUAAUCUGAUUCGAUUCCGAUUGAGAAUAUUGUUGUUGACCGUACGAACGAUCUUUGUGGACCGGAGAGGAUGCCGUCUCACGGGGAUCUGGACCGUCAGAUCGAACACCUCAUGGAGUGCAAGCCGUUGCCGGAGGCCGAGGUCAAGACUCUCUGUGAUCAAGCCAAGGCGAUUCUCGUCGAGGAGUGGAACGUGCAGCCAGUGAAAUGUCCGGUCACCGUUUGCGGUGAUAUUCACGGGCAGUUCUACGAUCUCAUCGAGCUCUUUAGGAUAGGAGGGAAUGCGCCUGAUACCAAUUAUCUCUUCAUGGGCGACUAUGUAGAUCGUGGGUACUAUUCAGUGGAGACUGUCACACUCUUAGUGGCCCUGAAAGUUCGUUACAGAGAUAGAAUUACAAUUCUUAGGGGAAAUCAUGAAAGCAGGCAGAUCACUCAAGUGUAUGGUUUCUAUGAUGAGUGCUUGAGAAAAUAUGGAAAUGCCAAUGUGUGGAAGUAUUUCACAGAUCUUUUCGAUUAUCUACCUCUUACAGCCCUUAUUGAGAGUCAGAUCUUCUGUUUGCACGGUGGACUUUCACCAUCUUUGGAUACAUUAGAUAAUAUCCGAGCUUUGGACCGUAUACAAGAGGUUCCACAUGAAGGACCUAUGUGUGAUCUCUUGUGGUCUGACCCAGAUGAUCGAUGUGGUUGGGGAAUAUCUCCUCGUGGUGCUGGCUAUACAUUUGGACAGGAUAUAGCUGCUCAAUUCAACCAUACCAAUGGGCUCACUCUGAUUUCACGAGCGCACCAGCUCGUCAUGGAAGGAUACAAUUGGUGUCAGGAAAAGAAUGUGGUUACUGUAUUUAGUGCACCAAACUAUUGCUACCGGUGUGGGAAUAUGGCUGCAAUUCUCGAGAUUGGGGAGAACAUGGACCAGAACUUCCUUCAAUUUGAUCCUGCACCUCGGCAAAUUGAACCUGACACCACGCGCAAGACCCCUGAUUAUUUUUUAUAAUUUUCAUAUUUCUGCCUUCUGUUUGUAAACCUUGUUUGCUGCUGUAUCACUGUAGAUGUGUCUUAAAAAAGAGGAUUUUUUGUUGUUUAAGGUGGGAUUGAUCCACAUCAUUAUUCUUUGUUUGGAGUUUGUCCUGCUGCUGCUGCUUUAUUAAUGUGCUCAAGUAAACCCAUAGGAAAGUUGACAGAAGGCACCAAAGGCCUUAUUUCUUGUAUAUUUUCAGAAGGAAGCAGCAAUAACAUGAUAUAUCGUGUUCUGUAA